AUGUUUGUUCAGAAAAGAGGUGGCCGAACAGAGAAGGUUCACUUUGACAAGAUCACCUCCAGAAUUCAGAAAUUGUGCUAUGGUCUACACAAAGACUUUGUUGAUCCGGCGACCAUCACCCUGAAGGUUAUAAACGGGCUGUACAACGGAGUCACUACAGUGGAGCUGGACAACCUGGCAGCUGAAACAGCAGCAACAAUGACCACCAAACAUCCUGACUAUGCUGUUCUUGCUGCCCGCAUUGCUGUAUCCAAUCUGCACAAGGAGAGCAAAAAGGUCUUCAGUGAAGCCAUGGCAGAUUUGUACAACUGGAUCAACCCAAAGACAGGCCAGCACUCUCCCAUGAUUUCGGAGGAAGUCUACAACAUAAUUCUCAAGAAUGCCGAUCGCUUGAACUCUGCCAUCAUAUAUGAUAGAGACUAUUGCUACAACUAUUUUGGAUUCAAGACUUUGGAAAAGUCCUAUCUCUUGAAAAUUGAUGGAAAAGUUGCUGAGCGCCCCCAGCAGAUGUUGAUGAGGGUUGCAGUUGGCAUUCACAAAGAGGACAUUGAUGCAGCUAUUGAGACCUACAAUCUGCUCUCAGAGAAGUGGUUCAUCCAUGCAUCCCCGACACUUUUCAAUGCUGGCACAAACAAGCCCCAGCUGUCCAGCUGUUUCCUGCUAACCAUGGAGUCUGACAGUAUCGAGGGUAUUUACAGUACUCUCAAAACCUGCGCUCUCAUUUCCAAGAGUGCUGGCGGAGUUGGGCUCAAUGUUCAUUGUAUCCGAGCUGCUGGGAGUUAUAUAGCUGGGACGAACGGAGUGUCCAAUGGCUUGGUGCCUCUGCUGAGAGUGUAUAACAACACAGCCAGAUUUGUGAACCAAGGAGGCAAAGGUCAGUGUCUGCUCACUUCUCGUCUCUCACGGCCCAGUGCCUUUGCCAUUUAUCUGGAGCCGUGGCAUGCCGACGUGUUUGAAUUUCUGGACUUGAAGAAAAAUACUGGCAAGGAAGAACAGCGGGCCAGAGAUCUUUUCUAUGCACUGUGGAUUCCCGAUCUGUUCAUGUGGCGUGUUGAAGCAAAUGAAAACUGGACACUUAUGUGUCCAAAUGAAUGCCCUGGGCUUGCAGAUGUUUGGGGCCAAGAGUUUGACCAACUCUAUCAGAAGUAUGAAGCAGAAGGACGGGGAAGAAAAACUGUCAGUGCUCAGAAAUUAUGGUAUGCCAUCAUAGAAUCACAGACAGAAACUGGCACACCCUACAUGCUGUACAAAGACAGCUGCAACCGAAAGUCCAACCAACAGAACCUUGGCACCAUCAAGGGCAGUAACUUGUGCACGGAGAUUGUAGAAUACAGUGCCCCUGAUGAGGUAGCCGUCUGCAACUUAGCAUCUAUUGCACUGAACAUGUAUGUGAAACCUGACAAAACAUACGAUUUUGAGAAACUGCAGCAGGUGACAAAAGUCAUUGUUCGUAACCUGAACAAGAUCAUUGACAUCAACUACUACCCUGUCUCCGAGGCAGAGCGUUGCAACAAACGGCACCGUCCCAUUGGAAUUGGGGUGCAAGGACUUGCAGACACAUUUAUCUUGAUGAGGUUCCCCUUCGAUAGUGCUGAGGCAAAACAGCUGAACAAGGAGAUUUUUGAAACCAUCUACUUCGCUGCCUUGGAUGCAAGUUGUGAACUGGCUGAGAAGUAUGGUCAUUAUGAGACAUACCAAGGAAGCCCCGUCAGCAAGGGUAUCCUGCAGCAUGACAUGUGGGGUGUGACUACAACAACCAGCCUUGACUGGGUCAGCUUAAGAGAACGUAUUGCCAAGUUUGGAGUGAGGAACAGCCUUCUGCUGGCCCCCAUGCCUACAGCUUCGACUGCCCAGAUCCUGGGAAACAACGAAUCCAUCGAGGCAUAUACCAGCAAUAUUUAUUCUAGACGGGUCUUGUCUGGCGAGUUCCAGAUCGUCAAUCAACACCUACUGAAAGAUCUGACGGAGCUUGGUUUGUGGAAUGAGGAUCUGAAAACUGAAAUGAUAGCAGCCGGUGGAUCUAUCCAGGGAAUUGCCUCCAUCCCUGAUGACCUGAAAGCUCUGUACAAGACAGUUUGGGAAAUCAAGCAGAGGGUCAUCCUGGAAAUGGCUGCCGAUCGUGGGGCAUUCAUUGACCAAAGCCAGUCCUUAAACAUCCACAUUGCAGAGCCAAACUAUGGAAAACUAUCUAGCAUGCACUUCUAUGCCUGGAAACUUGGAUUAAAGACUGGUAUGUACUACCUACGCACAAAACCAGCAGCUCAAGCUAUCCAGUUUACGGUAGAUAAAACCCGUUUGGCCAGCACAAAAGUGGAUGGUAAAACUGGCGCUAGUCCCAGAAAGACACACCCAAGGAAACCCAGUUCUGAAAACAGGCGCCAGGGAAGCAAUGAGAACAAAGAAAAUGAAAAAGAGCGCAGUCAAAGAAAUCAGAAUAUGGCAGCUUUAGCCUGCUCCCUACAAAACAAAGACGAGUGUCUGAUGUGUGGCUCAUAG